GUUCAUCCGUGGGUGAGUUCAGAGAAUCAGUCAUGAGGGAGUGUUUCUGUCUUUUACUCUGUGUGCUUCAUUUUACUGAAGGAUGUCAUGUUUCAGGUCAUAAAGAGCUUAAAGUAGUAACAGGUUACACAGGUGGAUCAGUCCUGCUGCCCUGCUCCUGUACUGACCCUCAGUCUACAGUCAAGACACUUAGAUGGAACCACUACCACAAAGGAAAAAAACAGUGGAUUGAAGUAUUUAAACAUGAGGAAUUCAAGGACAGACUGAAGCUGUUUAAUGAAAGAUUACCAACGAAUCUGUCUCUGCUCAUUUCUGACCUCAGAAAAGAGGAUGAAGGGGACUAUAGUUGCCAGAUUUCACAAACUUACACAGAUUUUAGGGUAACAAUAAAAGGGUGUGAUCUGGAUCAGAAUAAACCAACAAUUAAGGUGACGGGACACUCGGGAGAGUCUGUGGUUCUGCCCUGCUCAUGUACUGAACUACAGGCUAAACCUGAACAACUUACAUGGACAUUUACUCCACUAAACCCCGGAAUAAACCCUGAAGAAAUUUACCCGCAUGAACGGAGUGAGAGACACACAGGUCGAGUCAAACUUUUAAAUGAAACCUCUCCAGGAAAUCUCUCUCUACAGAUAGUAAACCUAAGCGAAGAGGACCAGGGAGAAUAUCACUGCUCUGUCUCAUCUCAACGACACGUCAGCUUCACACUCACUGUUCAAGUCCAGACAUCAGAAGGCAAUUCAAUUAAAUCUCUCUUCAUUCUGCUAUCAGUGCUUUCAGUAGUUGUGUUACUGGUUGUACUGGCAUUGAUCUACUGGAAAUGCAGAGGAAGAAGAGAUGUCCAAAAGACGAACAAUGGACUAGUACUAGUGUGUAGUGAAAAUGAAAAACAGUGUGAUGUAAGUCCUAAUAGUGCAACUCACAGAGAAAACCUAAAACAGGAUGAAAAUGAGGAUGAGGUGACAUAUUCUUCUGUUGUCCAUGUUAAGACUGCCAGCAAACCAGCUCACAUACAGACUGACAUAACAGAGCACUCUGAGUACGCCAGCAUCAAAUGAAGUCAGAACAUACCAUCUUAGGGUAACAAUAAAGCAGCAGGUUUUUUCUAUUGUUCUUCUUUUUUUUGUAAACAUUUAUAACUUUGUGACUGUAAUGUGAAAUUUUAACAAAUGUUUUAUGUAGAUUAUUUUGAGGGACAAUUUACUCACUUUCAGUUAUUGGGUGGAUGUGUUGUGUGGUUGCCCAGUCAGGACUGCCAGUUUUCAUGCAUUCAGUGUAAAACACACUUAUAAAAAACCCUACAGCACACCACUAAGCACUGAAAUAUAGAGAAAAAAAGAUAGAAAGGAAUUUAUUAAACAAUGAGUCGUCAGAGUUGAUACUGUGACUUUACCAGACACUUGCACUUAAUAUUAUAUGAAAAUCAAGCUCAAAUGGAGUUAACACGGUUUUUGACCAGCGAAUGAUGGAGAUCUGUGUUUUGUCUGUCAUUAGAACGGUUGUAUCUGAGGCAGUGCAUCGCUUUCAUCAUCUUACAGGUUAUAACAUUUAUUGUAUAUGGGCGCUUAGUUUUUCUUGUUGUUUAACACACUUGGCCAAAAUCUCAUCAUAUAAAUGAUGAAGUGCUAUAUGUACGGGAUAUUUGAAAUGUUCAAAAGUAUAUUGGCUACAACUAGACAGCAAAUGCUAAGACUAUUCUCCACUCUACAAACACACAAAAAACUGUUACAGACAGUGUUUGAGUAAAGAAAACACUGUACUUAUUCAAACAUCAGUUAUUUAUUUAUCCUUGCAUUGCAAACAAGCAGAGAUCUGUCUCUGUUACAAGGUUUUGCUGACAGUUUGAGGAUCCAAUGCCUUUCGUAAACAGACAUGUGAAAUGACAAUUCUCUGUUCAGCUUGCUUGGACUCUGCUGUAGUUUAAAUUCACUGUUUCUGUUGUGCAUUAAAAAUGUACUUCUACAAAGCAGAUCAUGAGUGCAUUUUUAAAUAAAAGUU